CUGGAACUGACAAUCAAUCGGUCGUCUGGGCGAGCUGCUAACUAAGUGCCCCGACCCAAUCAAUAAAUACCCUCGGAUGCUUGUCGACGUCCCCCAGCCCAAAGUCUGCUUUCUCUCUCCUGUUCCCCUUUGUAUUCACGACUACUCCGUACCUACGAUUAUUAUCACCUCGACUUAUUGCAUCUCGGACUCCCAAUUUUAGUCUGCAUAAGCACCGUUGUGGCCGCCCGUGUUGCUGGCCCCCUGUCAUGGUCGCGGUUUUCUUCGCCUAUCCCAUCUCUCUCGCGCCCUUCUCUGCAGCUUAGACCCGCUGUUGUUGCCAUGGCCUUUUACGAGGAUCCCGUGAAUGACUCCCAGCCAUUUGGACGGCCUCCAAAAUCGUAUGAGGGCGGAAUUGCUGGCCCUCGCCGACCGAGAUUGGUCACGGAUUAUGGCUCGUCAAUGGUGCAAUGGAUGCGCUCCCGACGACCGCGAUAUAGGGGAGGCUAUAAGAUGGAGACAGAGCGCCCAAGUGCUAGUUACAUAGUGGAUAUGCUUCCUCCGCUCGCACGAGUCCAUGCACCGGUGGACACAAUUCCCGUCCGGCACCUGCACCAGUCUAUCGGAAAGUCGAAGAAGCCCAUCACGGUCGUCAGAUGGACCCCGGAGGGAAGGCGUCUCUUGACAGGCGGACAUACCGGAGAGUUUAUGCUAUGGAACGGAACUGCAUUUAAUUUUGAAACGGUCAUGGAUGCGCAUUACGAUCAACUACAAGCGGGUGUUACGUCGUUAGCAUGGUCUCAUAGCCACGAUUGGCUGAUUUCGGGAGGCCAAAAGGGCGAUGUGAAGUACUGGAGGCCGAACUUCAAUAAUGUUGAGACGAUAGACGACGCCCAUCAUGAUGCCGUCCGUGACCUAGCAUGGUCUCCGAGUGACAGCAAAUUCCUCUCCGCCUCCGACGACACGACGCUCAAGAUUUUCGACUUCACAACUAGAACAUGCGAUACCGUUUUGUCCGGUCAUAAUUGGGACGUUAAGUCGUGCGACUGGCAUCCGACCAAGGGUCUCCUGGUUUCUGGGUCCAAAGAUCACCAGGUCAAGUUCUGGGACCCUCGCACGUCCCGCUGUUUGACGACGCUUCACAGUCACAAAAAUACCGUCACCACAACGAGGUUUUCGCGGGUAAAUAGCAACCUCCUUGCUACCUCAUCGCGUGAUCAAACAGCUCGAGUGUUCGAUUUGCGCAUGAUGCGGGACAUCUGCAUUCUUCGCGGCCAUGAAAAGCCAAUCUCGUCACUUACAUGGCACCCCAUUCACUCCUCCCUCAUAUCAACGGGUAGCGAAGACGGAUCGUUAUACCACUAUUUGCUCGAUGAACCCAACCUGCCUCAGGGCCAGGUCCCUACUGUGGCACCUUACGACAGCCCCGAUCCAGCCAAUACUCCGGCACAGGUUAUCUAUCCAGCGCACCGCAUACAAUACGCACAUGGUGCAACUAUCUGGUCUCUCGACUGGCACCCUCUCGGCAAUAUUCUUGCGUCCGGCUCUAAAGACAAUUUCACCCGAUUUUGGUCUCGUGCGCGGCCUGGGGAGACCAGCUAUUUAAAAGAUAGAUUCCACAUCGGGGAGGAGGCUGCAGAAGCCCAAGGGACAUGGAGUCGGGGCUUUGGAAGGCGACAGAUGCGCGAAGAGGAGGAACAAGAACUACGGGAUGAAGCGGAGAGCCUGGUGGAUCAAAAGAAAUCUACUGGUACAUUUCUUCCUGGUAUACAAAGCGCGCCGCCUGGUGGCGUCCCCGACGGGCUUGGAUCGCUAUUACCGGGCAUUGGCGCUGCUCAACCACCGCCACCAUCGGGAUUAGCUGCCGCGAUGGGCCAGCAUCAAGCAAACAACUUCCCUCCUAACCCCGGUUUCCCCGGUUUCCCAAUGCAAACCCCCAUGUCAGGAACUCCGCCGGUCAAUGUCGACCUAGCAGAGCUGCAGAAACAGCUCCUUGCUCAAGGGAUUCCACUACCUCCUAACUUCCCUCAAAGUUUUCCACCCGUGUCCGCACCGAUGAGCGCCGCCGGCAUCCCAGGCCUCCCUGGAUUGCAGGGGGGCUUCCAUUCUCAUAACGGUUAUGGUCAGUGAGUCUAAUAUUAAACGCAUUAUCAGACUUCUCGAAAG